CACUGGCCUCACUUCUCUCCGCGCAGCCCUCCUGGUGGGCUUUGUCGCUCUUCGGAGCACUCUGCGCCAUAAGCAGGGCUGAACUGGCUGGGAUUCUCAUCAGCAUACUACCAGUCCUUUGGAUGCGAAUGGGCACGCGCAAAGUCCUUCUGGCGUCCUCGGUCAGCAUCUCCUUCCUACUGAUCGCUGUGCUGCUAGACACGUACCUCUGGGACAGAGCCUUCGUGACGAUCGAGGCAGGAAAAGGCCUGCUUUGGGCCGAACUUGAGGCUGUGCUAUUUAAUGUGGUUGAGGGGAAAAGCUCGGGCUGGGGCGUCUCUCCAUGGCACUAUUACGUCACACGCUUCCUGCCACGCCUGCUCACUGGAGCUAUUCCUUUACUCGCCAUUGGUUCUUACCGAAUUUUCGCUUUGACCAAAGCGCGGAUCGGCCUCUCGAGAGAGACUGGGCUUCUUGCGAGCACGACCAUCCCGGCUUCGUUGCUUUGUCUCUACGUCAGUGGAGCGCACAUCGGGUUGUUAUCUUGUUUAGGCCACAAAGAAGCAAGGUUCAUUGCCUAUACCAUCCCACUCUUGGUGCACGCUGCCAGUGUUGGUCUUCUACAUCUUGUGCAGGGCGCCGGCACUCCUCGUCGGCGUCGGUGGGUGUCACAUUUCUUUGCGCUGUCCUGCCUUGCCGGGUGUGCUGCCUCGAGCGCUUUGGGCUUGGCAGCUAGUCAUGGCAACUACCCUGGUGGAGAAGCAAUGCUCACCCUGCAUCGCUCAGUGCAGCAAGACAAUGUCCACGUUCAUAUCAGCGUACCAGCCGCCAUGACCGGCGUCACGCUCUUCUCGUCCAUCCAUCUGCAUCGACAAUUGUCAGGAUCAUGGCGCUUCCAAAGCGCAACCGGCGUCUCAUCUCCGAUACCUCCCUCACCAAGCAACUUGACGUGGGUCUACGACAAGAGCGAAAGUCUGAAUAGUCUUUCAAGCGCGGAAGAAUGGGACUCGGCCGCUUCCCAAAGAGGCAUCACGCAUCUGCUGGCCGAUCGGCCGUGCGUUGAGCACGGACCGAUGUGGACCUUGCUGGAAGGCUCCGAGGCUUUUCCAGAGUACGCAGGGCUGCGGAUCAAGAGACCAAAGCUGAAUCGUGGUGGAUGGGCAAUGAAUCAGCUGCUUGCUCUGCUGCCAGUCGAGCUUAAGUGGAGGGACGCGAUCUGGAUUUGCGAAAGGAAAGGUUGGAGGACGACGCAGAAGGUAGAGUCUGCUUGAGCAUUUGAAAGCUACUGUGGGCAACCUGCUCUGCUUGCUCGGCUGCAACUUCGUCCCUCUUGCACUUUGCCACUGCAUGCAUUAUGUUAUCGCAACUACGAAGGGGCGUGCGCUUCAUAGGCUACACGUUCGGUCUUGUGCUUCAAGGAUUUGUGUUCCUCGGGCUGCUGAAAGCCAGGGACGGGUGCGUCAGAGCGGGUCCCUCUGACCAGAAAAGACGGCAAGUCCUUCAUCCUCCGAGGUGAACUCGACAUCCGCUCCUAUAGAAAAAUUGAAGACGUUUCCAGCUUUGGCGUGAUGUGUUAUGCCUGUGGUCUUGUCCUUGACGAUGAUGGAGCCAGAGAUGACGUAUUUGAGCUCGUUGUACUGCGUCGCCACGAAUGGUGAAGAAAAUUCAGAACUUUGAGUCGCACAAAUCUUGUGCAGCACGAACGAAAUUGGGCAACGAAGAACAUCGCAAAGGCGGGAAAGGGAA